AUGGCGUCGAUGGAUCGGCAGAAAUUAGUGGAGGACAAGAAGCAGGAACUUCUUCGUCGAAUUGCAGAGAAAAAGAAAAACAGUCAAACCACUCAACCACCUUUACCUUCAUCUUAUGGCGGAGCUACACAGAUCAUUCAAAAUCCCGCUCCAAGUGGUCCUAAAAUGUUUGUAAACGAUGGAAAUUUCUUAGCUCGCUUUCAAGCGAUGCAACAGCAGCAGAAAACACAGGAAGCUAACUCGAGUUCGACGGCAACAACAGGGGCAGCUAGUAGCUCCGACUGCCGUCCGACAGUUAGCAUGAAGCUAACCACAGUUAAAAAAUCAACGCCUGCAAAACCGGCAAGACCGGACGUCUUCGAAACGCCAGAAGAAAUCGAAGAAAAUGGUAAUUUGAAAUAUUUGAAGCUACGUUCUCUCUUAGCUUGGUAUCUUAAAGGUCUUGAUUGCAGCCAUACCUUUGUGUUUGGUGUAAUUUUGAUCUCGUUAAAUGCUUGAAAAUGUUCUGAUGAGCGGUAUAAUUAAGUUCCCCCACCAGAAGACCAAGCCAUACUUGAUGCUAUUGAGGUACUGGCAGCCCGAGUGGUAAGAGGUGGAGACCAAGUUGAACGUUCCGCCAUUCAAGACAACGUUAACAACCCACAUUAUAGGUAAGUUUUAGUGCAGCAGUACCCAUUCAGUCGUUCUGAUGUCUAGCCAGAACAACCAUUUAUCUCAGUUUGUUAAAAGUGAUUUGAGCAACAACCAUUUUCUUUUAAGAACUUUGAAUAAUAACACAUUUCAAUUCUUAAUUCGUUGGUCCUCUUCCUCUAAACCUGCCAACUUUUCCCACGUCAAAUGCGUGUGAUUUCCAUCUCUUAAUUUCUUGGGUUUCCUAAAAAAAACCUGACAUUCCAAAUGGUGCUUAAGAAGUCCCAAUGACUUCCGAACAUCACCAAAGAUUCCCAAAGAUUUCCAAAGAAUGCCAAAUGUGGCUGUACAAAGCGCCAAAUCUUGGCACCACCUUACCAAGAUUACGCAUAUCCAUAUCUUGGCAAGAUUACAGAGGCAAGGUAUCAGGAGAUCUUGCUGAGAUCCCACAAAAAAACCUGACAUUCCAAAUGGUGCGUAAGAAGUCCCAAUGACUUCCAAAACAUCACCAAAGAUUCCCAAAGAUUUCCAGAGAAUGCCAAAUAUGGCAGAACAAAGUGCCAAAUCUUGGCACCACCUUACCAAGAUCACGCAUAUCCAUCCUUGGAGAGAUUACAGAGGCAAGGUAUCAGGAGAUCUUGCCGAGAUCCCACAUGUCUUGGCAAGAUAACUUUUUUGGUCAAUUUUCAAGUUAAUGGUUAUGGAACGUCUGAAAUUGUCUUGUAUGCAUGUGAUUGGUGUUUUUGAUCCACAGGCAUGUGACACAGGUGUAAUGCAUGUGAGUUGGCAGUAUAUUCUACUCCCCUUGACUAAAUUUGACAGGAAAUUUUCACUCUUGGUGCAUGCAUGCUUGUCACACAAUAGAACAAUAAACAAAUAAAAAAAUGCUUCCAAGAACAAUUUAACAAAUAGAUCCCAUUUUGUAAUGCGUCUGUUUAGUAAUAGAUCACAGAUGAUGUCGAAAUAUGGUAAAAACCAAGAAGUGGCACACAAGCCGCAGGCACAUUUUUAAUUCUGCAUUAUACUUAGGUGAUUACACUAGUGUGUUUACAAUUUCCUACACCUAAUUUAAUAAACAUUAAUAAAUCCUAAGCUACAUGUACUGUUAUGACCAUUGUAUGAUGUAGUAUUUGUAGUAUAAGUUAGUGUGGUUAGGAGAUCUCAAAGAAGCUUGAGAGCCUAUAAUUUGAUCUAGGUCUCCUCAAAACCUUUUAAAUGUUUUAAUAUUAUUCAAUAAUAAUAAUCUUAACUAGAGAAAUUGCACAAUUUCCUAGUGAUGAAACUUUUUUUACAGUUUGCAUAGUGUGUAUUGUGACAUCUGGAAAAUCACAUGUAAUUAUAUUUUCCUAAUACCUGAGACUAUCAUCCCACUUCACAGAUUCCUUUUUGACGUAAACAGCCAAGAUCACAAAUACUACAGAAAUCUUGUUAAAAACUUACGACCAGGAGUUAGUAAUGCAGCUAGCAGUGGAGAAAGGAAGAGAAAAAGAAAGAGCCGUUGGGAUACAGAUGCACCCAAAGGGGCUUCAUCAUCAUCAUCUAAUAAUGAUGCAGCAGUCGCUGCAGCCUUAGCAGUGGCAGCAGAGAUUGAGCACAGCAUUCCAAUGAGUAACAGAGAAGAAGAGGAAAGACAAAAACAAAUUAGAGAACAGCAAGAGGUACUUAUCAAAUGAAUAUGAAACUUUAAUAUAUUGCAUUCCCAAUUCCAAUACCAGCUUCUGGUCUGGAAAGUGUGAACUUUCUGUAACUUAAGUUCCUGCCCAUUAAUUUGGUUUUUGUUUUGCACCCAUCAAUAUAAUUUGUUCAUGUUAAACCUAUGUCAUAGUAUUUUGAGUACUGUUAAAUUUGAUUGAGGGCUACCAUGUUGAGACUCUGUUUCAUAAAACUUUCUACUUCAUUUCCAUUUGUUUACUUAUGCUGUCUAUUUGAGUUUUCAAGUUUUGCUCUAAUAAUCUUUUUUUGACUUGUCAACUUGCUAUACACUCAAAAUAUAUUUUCCUUCUUCCCUGUUAGUUCCAUGGCUUCUGAUUCCCCCCACCCUCACUCUGUUCUCCGCUUCUGCAUUCUGUUUAUUGAUACCUUUUUUAUUGUGUUUCUGGGCCCAUGGUUUCAGAAUUUUCUCCUUACAGUAUUUGUUUCAUGGUAUGCUGUGCUAAUAUACCUUUCUAGAAUAAUAUUGUGGCAAGGACAGCACCAGUCUAUAUAUUUUAAAAUGACACAAAAAGUACGUACACUCUGAUUGCCUGAGAGAUAUUUCAAUAAGAGAAUGCAAAACAAUAAGAAUUAUGAUGUCAAGAUGUUUUGUUGUGCGUGCUCAUCAUGCAAGCAUGCUUUUACAAAAAUUUGUGGUGAAAACUAGACAAGUUUUCCUCAUUCCCCCUUUUCCUUGACUGCUAAAACUUUGAAAAUCUUUACAAACAGGCUGUAUGAAAAAUUUUUGUCUUAAGUUGAAAAUUUUAUGAAAUCUUUCUUGCAAAACAAGAAGUGGUCAAGUGUAAAAAAUCUAGUUUUGCUUCUGUCUAGUUAGUAAAGUUAUUAUUAAUUUUAUAAAAGCAAUAGAAAACUUUUUUCCUGUGUUUGUAGGACCUGAUGUAAACACCCAAUGAGCUGGGAUAUUAUUAUUGGCAGUUAUGCAAACUCUCGACUUCAUCUGAGGUUUGCAUAACUGUCUCAUAUUCUCCCAACACCCUCUCCUAUCUAUGUAAUGACAAAAAAAGGUUUUUUUUGCUGAGGUAUAAAACUUAAAAUUCUGUUGUAGAUUCAACAAAUGUACAUGAAGAUCUUAGCUCAGCGAGCGGCGUAUCAGGCCAGUGAUGCAGUAAAACAAGAUAAUGAUAAGCCAAAGUAUGAGUAUGAUUCAGAUGAAGAUACUGAAGGUGGCACAUGGGAGCACAAAAAAAGGAAAAAAGAGAUGUUAAAAACACUAGGUUUGAUGGUGAUACUAAUAAAUAAUUAAAGGAUGCAAGGGAAAAAGCCUUGAAGGACUUUUGAUCAGCUUCCAGAUUCUCCUUCUAAAAUUAAUGCCUUGUACAGUGUUUGCUUGGACAAGAAAAGGAGAUUUUAGGAUUAUGUCAAGAGUCGGUUUGGGCCUUAUUCCUCACACCCUUAUUUAUUUAUUUAUGCAGAGUGUCAAAAUAUCUAGUACUGUAAGAGGUUCAUUGGCCCCACCCUUGUGGUGGGUUUGUUUUAAUGAUAGAUGUUGUGGUUCAGUUUUAUCCUUGGUUUAAAUUUUUUUGCCAUUUGUAUUAAAUCAUAAUCACACAUAACCAUAUCCAAAAACAAAGGGAAAUAAAAUUUAAACCAAGGAUAAAAUUGGACCACAACAUAGAUACCAAGGUCGUUGACAUUUCUCCAGUCAACAGGGGUGGCGGUUUUACUUGGGUAAGAUGCGAGUUUAUGAAACAGCUAGGUUGCUGAGUCAGAUUUUGGUUUUCAGACUUUUCCUUGUGUCUGGGUUGUAUAUAAUGUUAAAAAAAACCCUUUGUUACCCUCUGUAAAGAAAGUGUUGAGAGUAAGCUAUGCUUAUUAAUCAAGGUUAGAAGACUAACAGAUUUAUGUUUUAAUUCGUUUUCUCCCCUUUUUUUAUAGAUAAAGCUCAAGAGCUUACUGUGAAAGGCAAAGGAAAGCACCACAUAGGAGAUUUCCUUCCUGCUGAUGAACUGAAAAAAUUCACAGCCAAAGUCAAAGCUGUGAAGGGUGAAUCUUCUCUGGAUAACUAUGAUUUCUCCGACUAUGCUGAACACAAGAUCAAGGAAGAUAACAUUGGAUAUAAGAUGUUACAGCAAGCUGGCUGGAAAGAGGGAAUGGGGCUUGGAUCACAGGGACAAGGAAUAACUGCCCCUGUUAACAAGUAUGUUGAUAAUUCACGGCUUUAUCCAGAUCGCCCUACCAGUGGAACCUUUCUUUCACUUACUCGAUUUUGGCACACUUGAGAAAGACUCUGCACGAAUCAAGUUAGAUCUUUGUUGAGCUUGUGCAGCAUGUUGCUAGGAUACUGUUUCUAACGAAGGCCUAAUUAGCCAAGCGCUUGGCGCAGCAGACUCAGUUACAGUAUGACCAUCGGUUAAUUAAUUAACGGAUGCUUGCACUUGAAUAAAUCAGUUUGACGGCAGGGAACAAAAUUGACUAGUCCAGAAGUUUGAGCUUCAGCGACCUCAAAGGUUUGACGCAAUUCAGGUAGAGCCUCCUUUUCUCCUCCUCACACAACAAGAGAAAAAGAGGCUGUGCUUGCGGGGUGUAGCCAGAUGAAAAUUCUUACUGAAAAAUAUCAGAAAAAAACAAAAAAGCAUUUUCAUUGUCUUGCUGUCUUAGGCAUAAAAUUAUUGCAUUAGGCACACACAAGAAAUUAGCCAUUUUAUGGGUAAACUGUCUUGGUUGCCCCUAAACUGGCUAUGGUUGUUUAAAUAAUUUAUGACUUAUUUUAAUUACAGGAGUCUUGUUUUAUGAUGCUAUGUGUAGUCAAUUCCAGCUUUACAGACACUCCACUAAUUACCAAUACUCUGUUAUUCUGCUUAAAGCAUUUAACCAUAAUGAAGGACCCAAAAAACAAGUAGUGAAUUCUAUUUCCCGGAGACCCUCAAAGAGGCUCAAGCAAAAACACAGCUCCCUUUUCCCUUGAAGCCAGUUAUCAAGUGUUAUACCUCCCAACUUAAGAAUAAAGCAAUUUUGUCUUUUGGUCAUAACUGUGAGAAAAAUAUUUGCUUGGGGCAAAUGGCAGAUUUCCCAGUUUCAAGGUACAUACAUGUAGCAUUAUCACAUGUAAGUCGAUAGUUCUUGCGAGAGUUAGAUUGUUUUGACACAUGGCACCUGACGCAUUCUCUUCCAAUUGGAAAAUGUGUCUGAGUUGAAAGGUACAACAAUAAGGACCCGUUUACAAUAAGGAAGGUUACCUUGGCACCCGCACAUUCCUACUAUUUUAUACAACAUAUUUUCAAGACAGGUAACCUUACCUGAGUGCUUGGGUUGUCCAAGCCAGAGGGUUACCCUACCUACCUUGUCAAUGCUCUGUUAAGGAUAACAAGCCAGUAAUAUUGAAAAUUUGAACAGAGUAAUCCAAUUUUUGAGCUAAAUUUCAAACAUUCCUUUAUGUGCCAUCAUUUUGAUGAGUUCAUAGAAGCACAUUGAAACAUUUGAUUGACAAAUCUAUUGUAAUUUAUUAUAAUUUGUUUGUGACCUUUAGGGGGCGAUCAGCUGAUGAGCUUGGUGGUCUGGGAGAAGAAAAGCCUGGUGAAAUACAAAGGGAAGAUGACGAGUUUGACUUAUACCGCAAGAGAAUGAUGCUAGCUUACAGAUUCCGUCCUAAUCCAUUGGUAAGAUCAAUCUCUUUCCUUACUUGUUCACACCAGCUCGCCCUGCAAGUAUGACCAAGUUGUUGCCCCCAGUUCUUUGCGUUUUCAUUUUACGUAAAAGAUCCACUGAGCAGUGGGUAAAAGAACGAGAAAAAGAAAACAAGCACUUAAAAUCUUGAGGGUCAAAUCAGAAACCCAAGGCAAACUCAUUUAGUUUGCUUCCUUCGACUCCUGAUUAGAUAUUGAUUGCCGGGAGUGAGGGGGUGGGGCGGGAGGGGGUCGAAGAAUUUUUGGAGAUCUCCACUCACUAUUCUCUUUAUACUCUCAAUGCUCAAGGUCGAUCUGUUUCUUUCUCUCUGCAGAACAAUCCUCGAAGGCCUUAUUACUAGAGCACGAAAAACUCCUCAGAAUUUCGGUAUGAACGUUUUUUCUCGUAACUUUACUUUAUGGUCCUACUGCAUCGUUGGAGAUCUGUCAACCUCGUCAUAUCCUAGACCGUGUUUUCCUUCUUUCACGUGACCUCGUUACCGUGCCCAUUCCUACCUUAGAAACGAGAAGAAAACUGGGUCGAGUUCACCUUCGCAAAGACUUCUGGGAGUUUUACUAGGGACAGGAAAAAAUCGGCCAAUAGCUGACCAGCGCGUCCUCUGUAACAAUCCCAGGAACAAUUGGGGGCGCAUUUCGGCUGCAGUUCCCUUCUCGUUUCUAAAGUGGCGUAUUCCAGGCUAAGGGUGUGGUUGUUUGGGAGAAUCCAAGAUUACAUUCUUGAUGUCAGAUUCUUUGGAUUCAUUACGACGAAAGAAACUAAAAUCCGAAAAUGGAUUCUUCAGUGUGACAGCAAUAGUGGCUGGUCAAUUCCCCUAUAUAAUAAUAAUGAUACUCUUUUCUAGAUCAAACCUCUUUGGACCGGUUGUAAAAGGAAUGUUUAGCCCGCAGUGUUAAGCAAAGCUGCGUUCUAAAACAUUUUCAGUAAGGAUGUUAAAAGGAUGUAUAGCUCAGACUGAAAAAAAAGCCCAUUUAUUUACCGGUGCUUCAAAUAUCCCACUUACAGAAAAAUCUCGGAUCCAGUGAUCGUGUAAAACCACAGUCUAAGUUAGACGUCGUUUAAAUGGUCGGCCUUUUUCUACUUCAUGAUCAAUGCCAGAGUAACCAACUUAAAAAUAAAAUAAACAUACCCAAGUAGCGGGCUCCUGUACGUCUAUAGUUGGAUCGAAAUGGCAGACACCCGGCCCGGCCCCAGUUGUUCGAAAGGUGGAUAAUGCUAUCCACCGGAUAAAUCACUAUCCGGUGGAUAGCGUAAUUGGUCUCCUUAAUAUUUAUCCGCUUGAUACCUUAAAACAACCGGGACCUGGUUGUCUUUCUGAGUUUUCCAUCUCCCAGCCCCACAUCCUUAUCAUUUUUGCAAGUGAUAAUUUGUUUAGUUUUCUUUUUCAAAAAGUUGGCUAAUGUAUACUUAAACACUUUAUGUAUCGUUAUGCAAAUGUAACUUAUAGAGGUUUUUGAGCUUUGAUGACACGCCAUUUAAACUGUCAGUAGAGCCCUUUAAAUUCUAAGAGGAGGGCGAUUACUAGGCUCAGUCUCCAGCCUUAGGUGUCUUGAUGCGCCCGCGGUACUCCCCACCCAACGGGUCGGGUGGGGAGUAACGCGGGCUCGAGACUGAGCCUAGGCGACUGCGAGCUGCGAGAUGAGAUUUUCUCACUACUACGUUGUGCGCGUGCGUGAACCAACGUCGCUUUAAUUUGACGGGAAAACGGGAUAGCCGUGGACAUUCUAUUACGAGUCUUAGUGAAAUGUCAUAGGGGCGGAAAUAAGUUAUUAAAAUGUUAGAGGUUUUAUCAUUUGUCGAUCGGAAGACGGCUUAAUCCCCGUCAGUAAAAAUACCUGUGUUAAUAACUCUUCCGUGUCUUUUGAGAAUACGCGUUAAAAACUUAUGUCAAAUUCCGUCCUCGUAGUGAUCUUAAUAAAAAUGUAAGGUUCUGUUUAAGAUGUCCACCUACCCCUCCCCCAAACCAACGUUAACCCUUACUUCGUACUAAGAGCAAAAUGUUGGGUUUGGUGAGGGGUAGGUGGGUGGGCAAUUUCCUAGAAGACCCUAAAAUAUUGUGCUCAUCGUUGUUAAUGUGCUUGUGAUUAUCAUGUUGGGUUAUUGCCAAAUUGCUUCAUGCACCACGUUCCCCUCCAUUAACUUCUGUUCCACUUCUGAAUACCAACAGUACCCUCCUCUUAAUAAUAGUGGAUAUGCCAAAAAAAAUUAAUUAAAAAAUUGUCACCG